UUUCUUUCCGGGCAAACUGCUGUGACUUCCGUGUUGUUAACAGGGUUUUGCUAGUCCACUGUAGUGUACGAUGAGGCCCGGUUAAGUAACGACAGAAUUUGGGGAACUUUGAAGAGCCAGAGGGAUUAUUGUUGAUCCAGCAUCCUUAAGACUUUCUGAUCCGCGGGCAGAUUUUUUAUUUUAAUUUUAUUUUUUUAGAUCACACCCAAAAGUCACAUCUGAUGGGCCAGCAGGUAACAGUCGUUAGCAGUUGUUAACAUCCUUUGUGUCUGUACGUGGAACGUCAGCCAGCUAUGGCCACUCAUUUCCGUAGCUACAUCUGGGACCCGGUCCUCAUCGUGUGCCAGAUCGUGCUGAUGCAGUGCAUCUACUACAGCUUUUUGGGCCUGUGGUUAGCUGGAGUGGACAGCCUUGUGCAGACUAGUCGGUCACUUGACCAGAUCUUCAGCUAUCAAGCUCUCGGUUUUGCAACCGUGCAAGGCAGGCUCUCAAUGAUGGCAUUCAUCUUGAAUUCUCUUACCUGCGCCCUCGGUCUGUGGUUCUUCAUCCGCCGAGGGAAACAGUGCCUGGACUUCACAGUUACCGUGCACUUUUUCCACAUGAUCGGCUGCUGGAUAUAUAACGCUCAUCUUCCAGCUGCCUUGUCCUGGUGGCUCGUCAACAUAGCCUGCAUGGCGUUGAUGGCUGUAAUUGGAGAGUACCUGUGCAUGCGGACUGAGCUCAGGGCAAUUCCAGUCAACACUGGACCGAAAUCUAACCUGUGAAUUUUCUUUGGUGACUGGCUGAAAGCAUAUGAAGGGGUAAUCCUUGAGGGACUCACUGAGGAGGUUUUUUUUCCCACCCUCCACUCUUGGAAAAGAGAAAGAACAUGAACCUCUGUCAGCACGCAUGUUGGAUUUUUGUGCUUUGUCUGUUUCCAUCAAGUGGUUCACCCAGAGGACCUGAUCUAUUUAUUCAUAGCUGCACAUUAAAUAUUGGACAGUGCAAAUUUGUAGCAUAUUAAGACACCUGUUUUAAGUCUUUUGAAAGCACAUGCCAGUUUACAUCCUCCUCUAAACUAAAUGACUACAAAUGUUUUUUUGUUUUUUUUAAGUACGUUUUUAUGUUGAAAUUCUGUAUUUUCAUUCCCUAAUUUUAAGACAUUUUUUUCUGAUUGUUGUUAAAUUUGGCAGACAUACACAUACGCAAAUUAAAAAGCUCUGUCCUAACAGCACUUUAAAGAUGCCAGUGUGCAAAUUUCACAUCAAAGUUUUAGUUACUCCUUCUUAAAGCUGCUUUUAAAAGUUAAAUAUGGGGAGAAAUGUGUUUUUAGACAACAAAAAGGUACAGUGCUUAGCAGAUUUAUUAGAUCAUCUGUCACAAAGACAAUUAUUUUAGAAAUCUGUCGAAAAUCUGUCAAAAAACUUCAACUACAAAAAAAAAAAAGUUUUUGGUAAAACUGUAAAUUUGAAAAUUAAUUGAUGAUAACAAUAAUUAUAUUUUUGCACUAAAAAUAUUGUUUCAGCUGCACAUACUGGUGGAUUAACCAUUACAGAAAGAUAAAACAUCUUACACUGGUGGUCUAAUAAAUUUGUUAAGCACUGUAUGCUAAUCAGUAGGUCAUCAUGUAAAUCCAAAUAUAGGAAAGAUUUGUAUGCAUCAUAAUUGGGGCUCAAUAAGUGGUCCAAAGUAAUAAAAAACAGGCUCAAUUUGAUGUUUCCUACAUUCAGCCUCCUAAUCCUUGUUAAAUGCUUUUCUUUUUGAGUCUGUACCACAUUUUGCACAGCAAGCAGUUUUAGGUUCUGUCUCUUUAUGUCAUGAUGUAUUAUGCAAACCGUUUGGCCACUUCGGGGACAGUUUGUCAGCCACCAGCUGCGUUCUGACAGCUGGCUUUGUCUGUGUUUCUGAAAAAUUGCUGUUCUGGGAGGAUGUGAUGGGGAAAGUCCUAAAAUGUGCAGCUCUGAUGUCUUUUUCUUUUUCCUUUUGGAGCAGUGUCAGACUUCUCAUUUCGCUGGUGGCUUUUAAACUCUUAACAGAAUUGACUUUUUAUCUUUAAUGUGUUACAGCUCAUGUUACACACGCUCGAGAUGCUCUUCUUUAGACUGUCAGUUUCAAACCUUUGCAGCUUUGAUAGGGCGGAUGAUGCAGUGUCUUGUUUUGCAGUCACGUUUUCCUAAGGUGUGAAAUGAGUUUAUAAUUAUAAUGCAGGGGGCGAUAUUGGAAGGUGCAGCCUCAAAUUGGAAAGCAGCUCCCAUUCAAGCUGCUUUGAGCAGGAACAGAAAAAGCUAGCCUGUCCAAAGAAUGUAAUCCAUCACCUCUCAAGGUAAUUAGCGUGGUAUAUUGAUGACUUGUUGUCUUAAAUAUGUAUAAUAUUAUAAUGAGGGAGGUCUUGCCUGAGUUGCUAGUAAGCAAGAAGUGAAAAGAGUCAGGAUUUCUACCCCUCCUCCCAUUUAAGCAGUAGCUUCAUAUUUACUCCACAGCAGAGAUGUCAGACUUACAGUCCACUUUGAUCUUAUGUGGGCCAAACAAGUGAAACUCCAGUUUCUGUCAGUGUACACAUUUCAUCUUAAUGUAAGACAAAAGUGCAAUUUUAACAGUAUGACUUGGUUUUUUACAUGAUAAAGAAAUGCAACACUGUAGUAAAUGAAAGAAAACCUGUCAGCACAAUCUGUUGGGCUUCACUGUAAGAAGUAAAUGUGUAAAAUACAGGAAUCUGUAACUUAAUUACUUUGGUGUAUUGUGAAUGGCAGCGGGGGAGGUCUUAUCAGUUGGAAAAGAUGUAAAACUUGUGGAGAAAAAAAAAAACUGUAAAAAGUUUAACAUUUAUGUUCUCCUCCACUUUCAAAGCCAUCCAA